AUGCACAGCCGACCAUAGAAAAGUCGAUAAGCGCGAGCCAUUUGUUUGUGCCACAGACGAAAAGUAAAAUAAAAACAAAAUUCCCAAGAGUUGUUUAGUCCAAAAUCCAGAAAAUACAAAGAACUGGGCAAAUAGCAGCACAGAUAACAAUAGUAGGACGCACAAACAACAAAGCGGCGUGUCUCGUCGGUUAUGACAGUGACAGUGGAGGCGUGGAGGCAACAGUAAAGAGCGAUUACAAUGUGCAUUGGAAGAACAAAAAAUGAUUGAGAGUGUUGCUGACUUGGUAUUGAGUAGAGCUGAACUAGACUGGAGGCACGACAGCCAAUGCGAAAACGUCAGUGCCUGAGACUUUGUAGUAGAGACCAAGCAAAGGGAGCGAAAAUGUUCAGUUGAUUUUUGUUGUUCCGCGAAUGCUGUUGGUCAAAUAACAAAAACGCGUAGGUCAAACUGAACCGUUGUGUAGUGCCAUAUCAAUCAGAAAGAAAACUAAACAGAAACACAAUAAAAGAAUAUCAAAGCAAAAAUAUAGUAAGCAUUGGGCAGCAGUGGAAAAAAUAUAGAAUCUUCUCAAGAAAUUCAACUAAAUUCGUGCCGAAUCAAAGUUUAUUUGAUAUUUGGAAGAAAAAUUUUUGAACAAAAUUUUAUGUAAACAUUAAUAUGAAAUUGGAUGAAGUUGUUAUAUGGUAUCAAAAAAAGAUUGGCACCUAUGACAAGCAGCAAUGGGAGAAAACAGUUGAGCAAAAAAUUCUAGAUGGUUUUAACAGUGUUACGCUUAAGAAUGCAAAACUCAAAACAGAUCUAAUCGAUGUCGAUUUAGUUAGAGGCUCCACCUUUCCAAAAGCAAAGCCAAAACAAUCUCUUCUUACUGUGAUACGUUUGGCCAUAUUGCGUUACUUCUUUUUGCCCGUCUUUGCGCGAUGGUGGGUCAAACAGACAUCGCCAAACACCUUCGGUGUGCUACUGCUGAUGUAUAUCACACAGAUGGUGACAUGGGCCGUGUAUACCUUCAAUAUGCAUCGCUUUGGCGGCACCUCAAGCGGCGUACCGUCGACGCUGGACAUGAAUUCGACGAGAGGCAAUGCGACCGCGGCUGUGGUGGAUGACACGAUUAAGCGUGUGGAAGAGGAGCACGUAGUCUCGCUCUCGGACUUGAUAAUACCCAUGGUACUGGGCCUACUGCUUAGUUUCAUACACUCGCAAAUAGUGGCGACCAACACUUUGAGCGGCGCCAAAUCGAAGCACCGACGCUUUUCGAAUGCCAGUCAAAGUGGAAAAGUGCCGCGCCAAAAUGGUGAGAAUCGCGUGCGCAGACGCAAGAAAUUGGUGAGAGUACGCACACAAGAGUCCACAGAUGCAUCUACGCAGCAGCAGCAGCAGCAGCCUUCACCGUUACAGCCGCAGCAGCAAAGCCAGUCAGCCACGUCACAGAAUAUGCCGCAAGCGCGCUUACUAAGUGCCAUGCAAAGAAUACAAGCAAAUUCCGAAAAGCUCGCGCAAAUAAGCAAUGCCAACAUAGAGGCGCUACAGCAGUCCACACAAAAUAACAACACCGUCGAGUCGCACGGUUGCAGCGUGGCGAAGAAGCGACCACCUGUGCCGCCGAAAGGGCCUGCAGCAGCAGCACGCGUUGGCAGCGCGGAGACUUACAACAACACGACAACCACCACGACGGGCAUACGUCGUAGCGCCAGUCCUGCCAAACUGAAGCUUGAUCUCAUCUCAGCCGCUGCGGCAAGUCCAGUGAAUGCUGCAGACUACAGCAGCACCGACUGCAAUACGGAUAAUCAUAGCCCCACAACUAGUCAUAGUUUAGCAAAUAAGAAACGGAAUGUCAACUGGCAUUCACCAAUACAUAACUACGCCGUGGUGAGCAGCGAAGCUGCUGGCGCAACGAGCACACAAGAAAAGCAGCAGCAAACAUCACCGCAAUCACUGUCAUCACCGUCUGGUUCGGCGUCUGCAUCGGCUUCGGCAGCGACCACCACGACGACCAGCGAAACAAAUUCGCCGAAUACAACACGCGGCACGCCAACAGCCGCACUUCAUGGUGACAGUGCAGGUACGGCAGGUGGCAGCACUACCACUUCCAGUGCUAACGGCUCGCCCAACAAUAAAACUGUACGCAUCGAUAUGUGCGUACAAGAAUUCUACGAUGAUCUCAUAAGGCGCACUGAUCAGCUCGUUUGCGCUCAGCAGCAGCAGCAGGAACAUGUAAUGGAUGAGACUGCCGCCAGUGCGGCGGAGCACAGCAGCGAUUGCACAGCGGCGGCAGCGACACCGCGGCACGCAAGCCGACGGCAAAUUUGUGAGGACGACGGCUUUGAGAGCUUAAAUGGUAAGAGUUCAAGUGGUGAGGAAAUGAAUGUGGCGCUGCCACCGGCAUAUGCAGUAACCGGCGAGCAGGCGGAAGAGACUAAACUGCGUUUGCGCUUGAAUGCGGGCAGCAGGUUGGAGCGCAAGGACGACAGCAGCAACUACGAAGCGGAGCCAUCCAAAACAAACUCAUAUUAUCGCUUCAAAGCGAUGAGUGAAAAGAGCCGUCCACUCUCCGCGUGCGAUUCCUAUCAACCGGCUAGAAAAUUGAAUGCUGCCACUGGCGCUGACAUGAGCAGCGGUGACACCGAUGAGGAAGGUGAUGAUGGCGAGACCAUAUCCAGUCCCGCUUCGCUUGGCAAUGCCUCCAAUUACACAGAGUGUACCACCUCAGCUACGGAGUGGCUUGGCGUAACCACAAAUAGUGAAGAAUGCAGCUAUAGCUCGGAGUUGGAGAAUUCGGAUAAUUACAAAAACAAUCAGUUCUCAGAUGAGGAUGGCUACGAUGGCGAUCUUAUGCCAACAACUAUUCUAAAUCCGCACGGCACCUCAGAUCGCAUUAGUUGCACUGUUUGGGAGCAGCGCGAGAUCAAAAAGGCGCAAAUGUCCGUACUGGAGAUAUCAUCAUGCAUCAUUGAACGCGUCGAGUCCAUGCCGGAGACAAAUGAUUACAUCUACAUUGGUUUGGGCUUUUCUGUUAUUCUAUCAUUAAUACCGUCAUUUUGUCGCUUGUGUGAGGUAACCAUCGACAGCACCAAUACCAGCGAAAUCAAUUACCUCGAAGUGCCCAUGUUGCUGUGGCAAAAGGCGUCCUUCUCCUUUUGGACCAUAUUUGGCUUUGCCUUUGGUCAUACGCAAUGGGAGCAAACAGUGUUGGUGAUAAGUUUUCUACAACGCAUUUGCCUGACCACAAUUGUUUUCAUAGUUUUUGCUGUAGCGGAACGCACAUUCAAGCAGCGAUUCCUCUAUGCGAAGCUUUUCUCGCACCUAACCUCAUCACGACGCGCGCGUAAAUCGAACCUGCCACACUUUCGUUUGAACAAAGUGCGUAAUAUCAAAACAUGGCUGAGUGUGCGCUCUUACCUGAAGAAACGUGGACCUCAACGUUCGGUGGAUGUCAUUGUGUCAGCUGCAUUCAUAGUCACUUUACUAUUGCUGGCCUUUCUCAGUGUGGAAUGGUUGAAGGAUUCCGUGCAUUUGCACUCGCACCUGAAUCUGGAGGCGCUAAUGUGGUCUACAACGAUUGGCAUCUUCUUGGUGCGCUUCAUGACACUGGGCAAUAAAAUACAUCACAAAUAUCGCAGUGUUUCCGUGCUGAUUACUGAGCAAAUCAAUUUGUAUCUGCAGAUCGAACAGAAGCCGAAGAAAAAAGACGAACUGAUGGUGUCCAAUAGCGUACUCAAAUUGGCGGCGGAUCUGCUCAAGGAACUGGAAUCACCUUUCAAAAUAUCUGGGCUUAGCGCCAAUCCAUAUCUGUUUACCACCGUAAAGGUUGUCAUACUUUCCGCGUUGUCAGGCGUAUUGAGCGAAAUGUUGGGCUUCAAAUUGAAGCUGCAUAAAAUUAAAAUUAAGUAAAAACUAUAUAGGAAAAAACUGAUAAUAGUAGAAUGUUGUAGCACAGAACCCAACGUGUUUGAAACGUACGGAUUUAUUUAGUAGUAUUGCUUACCGGGCGUACAUAUAAAGAGGUACUGAAAAUUUCAAGGUAUCCAAGUAGAAUUACAUACACACGCAUUAUGUAUAAUAAUUUGAAGUGGUCUUAUUUCAGCUCUAAUAUUUAAAAUGCAAUAUUUUUGUAGUACAAUCAACUGAGUAUUAGCUUUAGACAAAUCUAUAGUUUUAAUCUAAAAUAACAAAAUGCAAGUUGAAAUAAAAUAUAGGACCUUAAUAAAACGAA